AUGAUGUUGAUCGUUGACACAGGGCAGGGUGGACUUGUCAACCGUAACUUUGUCGCGAACUACAAUGCUGCCAAGGCGGCAGGGAUUCCAAGAAUCGAUACAUAUCUGUUUCCAUGUACUGGAACUCAGGAUACAGGCGUUGCGUGCAAGCCCCCGGAAACUCAGAUAGCGGAGCUGCUUGCAGUGGUAGAUAGCAAUGGGAUGAACAUUAGUCGAUACUGGUUUGAUCUCGAGCCUACACCAGGUGGCGAGUGUAAUGCGUGGAAUCUUGGGAAAACUGCGAACGAAGCGUUGGCAAAACAAUGGGUUGCUGCUUUGGAGAAGAGUGGACGACCUUGGGGGAUAUAUGCGAAUGGAUAUCAAUGGGAUGGGAUGUUCCCAUCCAGAUCGACGGACGUUGGGUCUCAGCUCCCUCUCUGGGCUGUUCAGCAAGACUAUAUUCCGGGAGUAGACACUGUGACAACUUUCAUGGGAGGAUGGACUUCGGCAGCUGCGAAGCAGUACAAUCUUGAUACCACUGACUGCGGAUGGACUGGAGGCGUGGAUUUUGACUCUUUUCUGUAG